AUGGAGGAUCCUCUAGUCUACGUCAAAAUCUCUGCUCCUUAUUUAUUCUCAAAUGAUCCUGAAUUCAAAGAUUUUGAAUCACUGGCAAAGGCACUCUUCAGCAUGCGAAAUGGAAACGGGGUUGUGUUUGGGUCUGACUGGCCGCAUACGAAAUCCCGGGGGUACGAUGCGAAGCCAUUCAUGGAUAAAGUCAUAGAGUGGUGCGACGGGGACAAGGAUCUUCUAAGGAAGCUCUUUCGAGACAAUGCCAAGGUUCUCUGGGAUGUUUGA